AGUUUAGAGAAUCCAUCAGUUCUAUCCUAAAAUGACAUCAUCCUGAAAAUAAAGCUCGAAUCUCCAACUUUAGUGUUACACCUUUUUCACUUCAGUAAAAUUAGCGGUCAGUUUUUCCUGAAGAUUUGUAGGAGACAAUAUGUUUCAUCAUACCUCCCACCUUCUCCUUUCAUUGCCUGCAAAUGCUUAUCUUCAGUAAAUACUUCUCAUAAGAUUAUUACCGGUUGAUGGAAAACCUAAUUGAAGAUCCAUCCAAUCUAAUCAAAAUUAGGUGACCCCGCUGCCGCUCUCCAGUGUUGCUUGUUUCACAGAUGAUUAAUAUCGAUUGACUUUGUUCUUGUGUAAUUUUAAAUCUCAUUUUUCAGUUCUCUUCAGCAUGAAUUGUCACUACUCAUCGUGGAUGCACACCGGAGCUAUGUUCUUGGAAGAUUUUUGCAAUUAACCAACCGAUAGGGGUUUUCUUUUUCUCAAAACUUUUUAGAAAGUGACACUAUUUCUCUGGAUUCAGCUCAAGCUAGGUCAGGGAACCCUAACCUCCCCUCUGAAAGAUAGACUUUGGUUUAUAUUUAUCCCCAAAUACAAGAACCUCAUGAUCUAGGUAGGAGCACCUAGAAAUAGAAUCUAGGGUCAUUUGAUAAAAAUAUUAAAUAGAUUAAAGUUAGUGUUUUAUGUUAUAGGAACUUUAAAAUCUUCUGAGGUUUACUGCAUAAAAAUUCUGCAUUAGUCAUCCUCAAGGAGCAUUUCAACUUUUUGGUCUAUGAAACCAUUUUAGGCAUGCUUAAUGUGUUAAAUCAGAGUUUUAGUUCAGAUUUCCAAAGAGCUAUAUUUUUUGGUCUAUAGUGAGUUUGGAUUUAUUUUUAUUUUGUGUCCUGAUUCUCCAGCACUUGAACUUGGCCAUCUGUGAGUGCUGCUUUUGUAAGAUUAGAAGAAAUCUACGGAAUAGGAACAAGAAUAACCAGUUCCAUAAAAAAUUACCAACCAGAACUCCUCGCUUCUUUUUCUGCUAUUUCUUUUGCUUUUGGCCCUAUGAAACUAUAACAGAGAGUGAACAUUUCCACGUCCCUCUGCUCUCCCACAUGCAGUAGAGUGACCCCGUUGCAUUCCCCAAUUUAAGUUCCACUGGGUCUUUUUAACUGUUCAUGAAUUUAAAUAAUGAUGCCUACUUUUUCCAGUUUCUGGAAUAGUCUCACCAGUGGAUCUGUAGUUUCAGGACUCCUACUUACAAGAUCAAGAUACUUUUGUGUGUUUCCAAAACAGACUUUUUUUUCUUUUAAAAAUCACAUUAAGGGACACCUGGGUGGAUCAGUGGGUUAAGUGUCUGCCUUCAGCUCAGGUCACGAUCCCAGAGUCCUGGGAUCCAGCCCCGUGUCCGGCUCCCUGCUCUGUGGGGAGUUUGCUUCUAUCCCCUCCUCCCCACUCCUGCUCUCUCUCCCUGUCUCUGUUGCUAUCUCUGUCUCAAGUAAAUAAAAUCGUUAAAAAAAUAAAAUAAAAAUCACAUUAAUAUUUUGAACUGGUGUAAGUGCCAGGAUUAUUACAUGGGCUUGACAUCAGCAUGUCAUUAACUGUACCACGGAACACCCUGGCUUUCAAACAAUGAAUAAUAAGUCAGGAUAAAAACUUAUAACUUCUAUGUUAUUUUUUAAAGAUAUGUGAUUUCUAAAAUAAACUUUUUGUAUAUAAUGAUAAUUUAAAGCUAGUUCUUUUUUGGGGGGCCUUGCUUUGAAUGUUUCCAUAUUUGAACAUAUGCCGUCAAGCAGCAGUUAUGACUUUGGUACUUUUCAUACUGUUUCUUUAGUGUUUCGUUCUAGAAGUCAGAUUUUUAUAGCCAGAUCUCCUUUAGCUAUGUACCUUAUCCCAAAACUAAAGUAUAAUUCCAUUUCUUUUGAUGAGUCAGAGAAACCAACCUUCUACCUUAGACUUUGGUUUCCCUUAGGAAGGGCGAUGUUGUGGGAAGGGGGAGGCGUCCCAGCUCUGUUACUGACUUGUUUAGUAGUAAAGCAAGCCACUUCUCUGCAGGGCCACAGCUUCUUUAUGUGAUUAAAGAGCUUAAUCAAAAUCAUCCCCAACAUGCACUCAAUCAGUAAGGCACUUUUUUUUUUUUUUAAACACCGCAUGCUAGAAACAGGUUUGGGAGAGGGGGAGACUUCUGUUUCUGAAAAUACGGUGGACCAGGUACUCUGAGAGCCCUUUCAGUACACACCUGUAUAGAAUUUAUUUUUAUUUUUAAUCUCUGAAUAGCUGAGCUAGCAAGAAAUUCUCAGGGAAUUUUUGAGAGGCAAAACAACCAGAAAUCACAAACCCAGACACUCAGGAGCUAGGGGGCAGCCAGCUGCACCGAGGACAUUUGUCAGUCCCCUGGAGCCUAAUGAUUUCUGAGCUCUGACCUCACAUGGUGGGAGCUUUGGUCCAGACCUAGGAAGAAAGCCCAGAACCCAGAAACUGCCCCAUUCCCUGAAAGGGUGAACUUGACAAAAACCCCGCCUCCCGGAGAGAGGAUAGCCGCCUGACUGGGUGCUGGCUCAGGUUUGUGGCGAGGGUCUUCUCUGACAAUCCCAUCUACAAGCUAUUUGUCCACAUAAGGUGGGAACAAACCACUCGCACUAGUGGCUUCGAGAAAAGCGAGCUGAGAAUCUAAAGCAAGUCCAAGAGCGCCUGACAGAAGCCAGCACAGAUGAAGGAAGAACACAUCUUUACCCCAGGCCCCAGUUCUCCCAGAUCCAGCUCUGAGAACCAUGGGUUCAUAAUCAAGUAUGUAAGGAAACCCCCCUAUGACGAGAAGCAGUAGAAACUAGACAGAGUCAGACUUGAAGACUUGGAAUUAAUCAGAUGCACGAUAUGUGAGUGCAUCGAAUAUGAAAAGCUGAAACAGGACCGAGGACCAAGAGACUUAAAAAAGUGACAAAGGGGAUUUGAACAACAACAAAAACCUUUUAGAAAAUAGUCGACAUUUUUUAAAAGAUUUUUUAUAUUUAUUUAUUCGACAGAGAGAGGGAGGGAGAAGCAGACUCCCCACUGUGCAGAGAGCUGGACAUGGGGCUCCAUCCCAGGACCCUGAGAUCAUGACCUGAGCUGAAAGCAGACGCUUAACCAACAGAGCCACCCAGGCGCCCCAAUAGUUGACAUUUCUAUCACUUUCAUUCCUUAGGUUUCUGGCCUUUUUCUGGAGCUUUUUUCCUUUACCUUCCGACUCCCUUUGUGGGCGUUUUAAUCUGUGAAGCCUCUUUCCCACUCAGCAUUUGGCCAAUUUACUCUUCACAGCCUGGUUGCUCACCUGACAGUGACCCCUUGCCUGUGCCCCCAGGUUCUACCCUGGGGUUUUCUCGAGCUACUCUUAACACUCAGCCCCUCUCCUCCAGCUUUUGGCCCACUUGAUGCCCACAGCAUUUCUUUUGUGUCCUGUUUCUCAAGUCUUGCUUCCUUUUCCCUCUCCACCUUGGCAUCAAAAUUCAGGCUAUCAAACAGAGUCAUCACUGACAAUUAGAAUCCUAGUCCUCCCUGUUUUAUCCAUGCAUUAGGGAAUUUAGGUGAAUUUGUUGACAAUUUAUGAAACUCUCCUUUCACCCAAAGAGCUGUAUUUGAGUUAUCUUCUUAAGGUUAACAGCUGCCAGAUUACUAGAUGAUUUUAAAACCAUGCAGUCUGACAUUUCCUGCUAAGCCUUUAAUGCUCUGGAUGUUCUUCACCUGGUGUCCAGCUUCACUUUAAAAACUCAGGCAUUGAGUGACCAGCCUUCGAAGACCACCCCUCAAGGAGCUUGAGAGCUCAAAGUCUGCAUGAAAACAGUAUAAAGCAUCCCAAAAAACAGUCCCAUCUACAAAAGCAGUCUACCUUCCUGUGCAUUUAUUAGGAGCUAUAGAAGUGAAGUGGUCAGAUACUCCAGGUUUUGAAGAGAAAAUUCAUCCAAGAUACUGUUCUCAGGAGCGUUUGUCAAGAGAAGGGGGGAAAUUACCUUAUCAGAGUCUCGGAGCUGGUUCCCUUGAACUCUAGCUGUUUCAACCUUCAGUCAGCAGGAUAUUACGAAAGCCACCCAAUUUCCUACAAUAGCAAAUUCUUGCAAUAUUUGUGCACAGAAGGACACAUUUGCCUAAAGAAGUAAAUACAAAUGGAUUGCAGCAAAAUGUCUAAGGCCUUUCAUUCAGAAAAAUGACAGGGCCAAAUAGCAGACUGAGAAGCCAAGCCCCACAUUCACAAAAUACAACACUAGGUAUCCGGGUAAGAGUGAGUCUGUUUCCUUUUGGGACCAAAUCUAUGACUUUUGUGUCUUCGUUCUGUUUUUUAAAUUUAGGUUGUUUCUCCUAAAUAAGUGAAUAAAUAAGAAAACAUGCAAAUUACAGCAUUCUAACCUGUAUCUGGAACUCCAGGGUCGGCCCUUCAAUAGUGGGAAGAAUCACUGUUAGGAGUUUGCCAAGAUGGUGGGAACUGUCCAGACUGGACCUGGCAUGAAGUCUAGCUUUUUACUGAGAGGCUUGGGUCUGGAUUCUGCCUCAGUCCCAUCCCUGUGUGACCUUGAGCAAGUUUGUCCAUCCUUUUUACUUAUUUUCAAAUAUAUGCAAAGGUCCAUUAUACAAUAAAAAAACAAUGGUUGCCAGGGGCUGGAGGCCAACAGGGCGAUGAGGAGUGACCGCUAAUGGGUAUGGGUUUCUUCCUAGGGUGAUGAAAUAUUCUCAAAUUAGAUAGUGCUGAUGGUUGCACAACUCUGAAUAUACUAAAAAAAAACCCAACAAACACUGAAUCUGUGCUCUUUAAAAGGGUGAAUUUUGUGGUAUGUGAAUUCUAUCUUAAUAAAGCUGUUGUUUUUUUUAAUUCAAUGUCAACAGUACAGUAUAAUGAAUGUCCACGUAGCCAUCACUCAGACUCCCCAGCUGGCUACUCAUAGGUAAUCUUUUACAUAUACCUCUAGCCUUUUUCCCCUCUCUUGAAUUAUUUUGAAGCAACUCUCAGAUCUUUAUCUGUAAAUAUUUCAGUAUGUAUGUCUGAGAGAUAAGGACUUUUUAAAACAAAAUCAUGACAUAAUGACAUCUAAAUACACAUGGAAGCAUCACAUUGAGGUUAAUCGAUCCCACCCUGGAAAUGUGAACCUCAGGCUUAGCUCAGUCGUGCCUGCAUCUUCCUCAUCUGAGAUGCGGGAUGACCCACGCCCACGAACACAGAGGUGCAGGUUAGGGCCAGAAGAAAGCAGGAGCGAAGAGGCACACCCCCGAACAAUGUCCAGAUUCACAUUCAACGACAUGGAAAUCACCUGCCAUUUUGUAGAGGGCUUUGCCUUACAAGUAUUUCUAUCUCUACGCCUUGCAGGAGUACCGCUUGAAUGAUUUGUCCUAUCUGUAAAAACUAAUAGGAUAAAAUCCUUCUGCUAGUCCAGGCUGUCAUUCAUAACCUCAGCCCUUAGGACUCAUUGCUCUUCCAUCUGAAUCUGCUUGGUUACCUUAAAUGGAACUUGCUAAUUCCAUCUCUUUUUUUGCAUAUUCAUGGUGUUGCAGCUAGAAACAAGCUCUGCUUCUAUACUGAUCGGCCCCUGCUUCUCAUAUCUUGCCUUCCUCAUGAAGCCUUCCCUGCAUUACUCCCCAUUCUCCCAUCUCUAUCGUCCUCUCUGUGGAUCUCCACUUGGAACUUGCUGCUAAGUCAGCUUGUGUUCUCAUUCUGUGGGGUCAUUGUUCCCUCCCGGUUAUCUGCUCCCAUCUGCGACACGUCAAUUACUCGGCCCCGGAAGUUAACUUCCGACGAUGAUAACAAUUGAAAAUAUGAAUUGUCUCAGCCAGAAAUCAGUCAGCUAUUCCCACCAGUAAGUCCUUCCUGGUCCUAUCCGUCGCUCAGACUUGCGACGGAUAGCCAGCAGACCAGACAGUGAGCGCUGUAAUGGCAGGAAGGUAGCAAUAGGGAGAGACCACCUGUUGGAAAUGCAACCUGAGCCAGGCUCGGAAGAAUGGGUACCAGUUCAUUUAAAUGAAAUAAAACUGGGAAUGUGCCUAACAAGGAGUCUUCUUCCCUGUACGUUCUCUCUGAAUGUUUAGUCCGAAUUUAGGGAAAGUAAAAAGACUUAGCAAGUAAUGCUGAACUGCAGUGAGCCAGUGCUCUGGUUUCAAGUUCAGACGAUGGGUGGGUGAGAUUUAAGAGAUAAUUUAGGGCGCCUGGGUGGCUCAGUCGGUUAAGCGACUGCCUUCGGCUCAGGUCAUGAUCCUGGAGUCCCGGGAUCGAGUCCCGCAUCGGGCUCCCUGCUCGGCGGGGAGUCUGCUUCUCCCUCUGACCCUCUUCCCUCUCGUGCUCUCUGUCUCUCAUUGUCUCUCUCGCAAAUAAAUAAAAUCUUAAAAAAAAAAAUGCAUUUCAAGGGGCGCCUGGGUGGCUCAGUUGGUUGGGCAACUGCCUUCGGCUCAGGUCAUGAUCCCGGAGUCCAAGGAUCGAGUCCCGCAUCAGGCUCCCUGCUCGGCGGGGAGCCUGCUUCUCCCUCUCCCAUUCCCCCUGCUUGUGUUCCCUCUCUCGCUGUGUCUCUCCCUGUCAAAUAAAUAGAUAAAAUCUUUAAAAAAAAAAAAAAGAGAUAAUUUAGGGCACCUGGGUGGCUCAGUUGGUUAAGCGACUGCCUUCGGCUCAGGUCAUGAUCCUGGAGUCCCUGGAUUGAGUCCCGCAUCGGGCUCCCUGCUCAGCGGGGAGUCUGCUUCUCCCUCUGACCCUCCUCCCUCUCAUGCUCUCUGUCUCUCAUUCUCUCUCGAAAAAAAAAAAAAAAAAAAAAAGAUAAUUUAAACUGUACUGAAAAGUGCUCAGCAGCCCUGGUACAGAGUCAGCGCUCGGAAAAUGCUCAUCAUGAAGUUUUGUGAGCCAAGACAAGGAGGUGAGCAUGGGGUCAGAGCGAGGAGCAGUGUGUAUCGGAGGAGAGAUGGGUCGGGACUAGGUCCUUUAGGGCAUUCCCCUUGACUUGUUUUCUCCUGGCUGUUUGAGGGGCAAGUUUAGGAAGCAGGAAGGAAGAGACACUGACCACGAUCACCAAUUUGGCCUAGCGGCCUCUAAUCAGAAGAAUGAGCUUGGUGGAAGCUGUUCACAGUGUUUAUGGGGACGAGAAUGUGGAGCGUUCAUACCCUGAGCUUUCAAAGUAGGAACUUCACCCUAUAAGGCGGAAGAGCGUUUUUGUUUUUUUUCUUCUUUUGUGGUUUCACAUAGCAAAUGUGUGACAAUCUCUACUUAUAGACCAAGUGAGAUGCCAAGCAUCGAGGAGUGAGUGUGGCCUGGAUUUCUGUCCCCUCUCCAUCAGCGCCUUCAUUUUCCUCUUAUUGUGCUUUCCAGAAAGUUUGCCUGCUGGGAGAAUCGUUUUGACAAUUUCCUGUGUUGUCAGAUAACUCCAUAGAAUUCAGUUUCUGAGAACCGGCCAGAAGCAUGCGGUGACAUUGCAUAAUCCUCCUCUGAAGCCGGAGAUAUCAGCUGGAGAGCUCACGGGAGCUGUUCCACACCAAGAUGAAGGGGGCAGGCAUCAUGGAUGGUGCGCCCAAGACACUCUUGGCCAGAGCACUUUAUGACAACCACCCAGACUGCUCCUACGAGCUGGCUUUCUGCAGAGGAGACAUCUUGACCAUUCUGGAACAAAACGUGCCAGAAAGCGAGGGCUGGUGGAAGUGUUUGCUCCACGGAAGGCAAGGUCUGGCCCCUGCCAACCGCCUCCAAAUCCUCCCUGAGGCCCCCGCUGACAGGCCCUGUCCCCCUUUCCUGAGAGGCCUGGAGGAAGCUCUCGCCAACUCCGAGGAGACCUACCAGGUACCCACCCUGCUCAAGCCCCCAACUCCAGGCCCCGUAUAUGAGCACAUGAAGGGCUGGGUAGAGAGGCCUCCACCCACCACCGCGCAAGUCUACGAAUUCCCUGACCCACCUGCCCACGCCAGAAUCGUCUGUGAAAAGACUUUAAGCUUUCCGAAACAGGCCCUCUUCACCAUCCCCAGACCUGCUUGGGCCUCGUUGCCAAUGCUGCCUUACCAGGUGUAUGAUGUACCGGCCCAGAGCCGGGGUCCCCUGGCCCUGAAGGAGCCAGAGAAGCAGCUGUUAUAUGAUAUACCCCCCAGCCCCCAAAAGGCAGGACUUGGUCCCUUGGCCAGCCAACCACAUGGGCAGAGUGCUCCCCUGGUGUCAGCAAUCGCCGUGAGGCGAGGCAGCUACAACACGUUACCAAGCCUCCAGAAAUCAGAAUGGAUUUAUGACACACCAGUGUCCUCAGAAAAAGCCAAUGGCAGAAAUGCAUCUUUGAGCAGCUUUGUGGAAGAAUCAGAGCCCCACACUCCGCCCAGGUAUAUGUCCAGCUUCCAGAAUCCUCCAAACAGCAGAGCAAGGUCCCUCUAUCCACACCUGCAUAAAAAUGUGCCCAUGCAGAAAAAACUCAGCCUUCCAGAAAUUCCUUCUUAUAAAUCCCUGGCACCCAGGGACACAUUUCCCUUGGACGAGGGCGCUGGUUACAAGGUGCCUUCAAGCUUUCUGAACCCCCGGGUGGAACAGAAAAACACGAAGCCAAACAUUUAUGACAUCCCUAAGGCGAUGCCGAGCGGCUCCCUGGCUGUGAAGGAGCUGGGGAGAGUCAAGGGGGCUCCGGAGAAUGCCCCGGACCGCAGCUCCUCGUGGCUCUCUGGCCAGGCCCCCUCGCUGUCUCCGGAACCGGACAGGUUGUCCGUUUCCAGUUCUGACAGCAGAGCCAGCGUUGUCUCCUCGUGCUCCUCCUUGUCCACGGACUCCUCGUCUAGCUCCUGCUCAGAGGAGUCAGGAAAGGAGCUCUCCUUGGAUCCAGACUUGGCCAGAGAGACGGUAGCAGCUCUGCAGCACGAGGUGGCCAGUUCUGUCGCCAGCCUGAUGCUCUUCGUCAGCAGGAAGUGGAGGUUCAGAGACUAUCUGGAGGCCAACCUCAGCGCCAUCCGCAGCGCCGCUGACCACGUGGAAGAAUCUUUGAGGGCAUUCCUGGAUUUUGCCCGCGGGGUCCGUGGGACUGCCUGUAACCUCAGCGACACGAACCUUCAGGCCAGAAUUAGGGACCAGCUACAGACCAUCUCCAAUUCCUACCAGAUCCUGCUUGGAACAAAGGAAAACCUGGAUAGCUGCAAUUGGUCCUUGGAAGUCCUCGUGACGGACAAAGUCCAAAACAGCCUGGAUGACCUCGAGAGAUUUGUCAUGGUGGCGCGGAUGGUUCCAGAAGACAUCAAGAGGUUUGCCUCCAUUGUCAUUGCCAAUGGGAAGCUCCUUUUCAAGCAGAACUGUGAAAAGGAAGAUACCUUGCAAAUGACCCCCAAUGCACAACUGAAGCUUGCAAAAUGCAUCCAGCUUCCCCAAACGGAAAUUGAAUCAUACCAAAGAAGUGCUCCUUUUAAUGAACAAAAGGAAAGUGAACACUCCCCUGAGCUACUAAAGAAAAACGGGACAAUUAUCUGUGAACUGAAGCUGCCUAACCUAGAAGAGACAGAAAAACCCGUCUUGGAAGGAAGGUUGGAUGAAAACAAAAACUUCGAAGGACAGAAUCCUAGCUCCCCCAUCCCACAGCCUUUGAGUCAGCAGAAUCCCGAGAAGAGAUUCCACCUUUCUGAACACUGCCGGCUCUAUUUUGGGGCGCUCUUCAAAGCCAUCGGCAUGUUUAACAGCAGCCUCAGCAACAGCCAGCCCCCCGAGAUCUUCAUCACGCAGAGCAAGCUGGUCAUCAUGGUGGGGCAGAAGCUGGUGGACACACUGUGCAAAGAGACGCAGGAGAGGGACGUGCGCAACGAGAUUCUCUGUGGUAGCAGUCACCUUUGCAGCCUGCUCAAGAACCUCGCGUUGGCCACCAAGCACGCCGUGCUCAAGUACCCCUGCCCUGCAGCCCUGGGGCACCUCCAGGCUGAGGCCCAGAAGCUGGAGCAACACACUCGGCAAUUCAGAGGGAUGUUGGAAUGAGCCUCCUUCCCCCUCUUUCUCCCUCCCUAAGGUUAACCUCUUAGCUUCAGCUUCCCAGCCCCAACCUGUGUAACUCUGUCCUACGGGCAAAGCCAGCCUAGGGAUGCACUGAUGGGCAGAAGCUGGUAUUACCAAGUGGCUAAACAACCCCAGGACAUUGGCUUAUGCUGCAGAGAGCCAGGUGUUAAGUAAGAACCUUGCUAAGUUUUUAGCAUAGCAUAGCAUAGCCCAUAGUUAGCUGGGCAUAUAGCAGUGAAUCAUACAAAGGCCUUGUCCUCAGGGAGCUUACCAUCUAGUGGGGAGAUAGACGAUAAGUGAUGAAGAAUUACAUACACAAUGUGUUAGGUGCUAGGGAGACAGUAAAGGAGGAGAGACUUAUUUUCAAAUGAUGAAUUUCUGUUGCAUCUGUUAGCAAAUGUGAUAAGUUUUUCAUUUUGGACUGAAUUAAUUUUGUGAGAUUUGGUACAAAUUCUGUAUCUGCAUCUUAUACAACAUAUAUAUAUAUAUAACAUAUGUGUGUAUAUAUAUAUAUAUAUGCCAUACAUAUAUAUUCUAUUUUAUCUUAACCGAGUUAAAGAUGCAUGUCAUAUUUACAACGUAACAUGUUCUGUUAGGUUCCUUAUUAAUUUAUUUUGUAUAUAAUAGCCUAUGUUGAUAAAUUCAGUAUGUUUACUCAGAAAAAGCUUGUACUUCAACAGUCUCAAAUCUGUUACCAUUUA